CGUCGGCUCGAGGGGCUCGCCUCUCGCAGCCCUCCGCUGGAGGGACCGGGGCUUUUCCGCUCCUGGGAUAGGAAGCCCUCGGAGGGGUCGCGCGGGAAGGACCCCGGAGGCCGCACGGCGCCGGCGCAACGGCUGGAUAGCAGCACAGGCGCCUCGGCGUGUCCGCUGGAUGCGUGGCGGUUGCUGUGGGGUGGCGGGUUCAGACAUGCACAUCACCGUGGCGCUGCGGGCAAGGCUAGUGCCCGCUCCCUGGUGUUGCUCUUGCCGGGGUGCGUGUGUCACAGAUGACGCUCCCGUAGCGCCGUUUUCCUUCCCUCACAGCCGAGAGCGUGAGGGGUGCGGGCCGUGGACGUCUUCCUCCGGGUCGGAGAAAUUUCUGCACCGAAGCCUCAUGCCCCAGGCUGGCCUUUCCAUUGCUCUUGAGAUCUACUGAAGUGUUAUGUCAUUCUGAUCUCCACAGAAGAAAACACAUUCUACCUUAGUUAGCUUGAAGAAAGAUUAAGAAGAUGUAUCCAGUGCCUAGUUCUAUGCAUGGAGUGGAAGAAGAUAAUGGACAUCCUAGGAAACUUAUUUCUUUCCUUUUUGUUUUUGGCAUUACAUUACUAUGUGCUGGAUUUCUCCUCUCAAUGUUCGUUUUGCAGACAUGUCCAAGUGGAGCCUUUGGUGAUUGUAAAGGAGCCCUUAAAAUCAUUGGGCCUUUGCUUGCUGUUACUGGACUAGUAUGCAUAAUUCUGGCACAGUCAAGGGCGAAAGGCUACCUCAGAGAGGUGCAGUUGCAAGAUGAUCAGGUGUAUGGGUUUGUUUUUUGCCGAGGAAACUGCCAGUUUGCUCAAUUCCUUGUCUUUGGGUUUUUAUUUUUAACAAGUGGCAUGCUUAUUAGUGUCCUCGGCAUUUGGAUUCCUGGAUGCAGCCCAGGAUGGCACUACCAGCAGUUUAAUCACAGCAAUACCUCCAGUGUUGAACUCCAAGACUGUGGAUUUCAUUCUGUUCAAACCAUGGGUCCUUUGAUUGUGCUUAUUGGGUUAUGUUUCUUUGUGAUAGCUCACAUUAAAAAGAAACAAAGCUUAAAUAUUGUUCAAGAAUCUUCAGUAAAUGAAGAAGACCAACUAAACCCCGAUUCAUUUCAAGUCACAGUAGGCGAUACCAUAAUGGUGUUCCCUCCACCUCCACCACCUUAUUUUGCUGACUGUCCGCUGCAAACCAUAACUCCUAGCUUGGUGACAAGUGAUUCAACUUUUGGUGAAAAUCCUCCCCCAUACCACAGCACUUUUAUUAACUGGUCAGCUGAAAGUCUUGAAGAACCUGAAGAGAUGCUGGAUGAAGAACUCGGCAAUAACUUCUCACCUCCACCUUAUGAGAAAUUAUUUCCACCAUCAUCAUAAAUAUUACAAAGACAUCCCUGACCCCUCCUUAAGGAUUGGCCUGCUUCUAUAUGACGCCUUCAUCUCUGAACUGAUUACUCUGAACCAGAGAUAUGAGGCUGAGAACUGCAUCAAGGCACCUCUUGAGACCUUGGCUUUCUGAAAAUGGGUCCUGCUCAUUCGCUGGGCACCUGGACCAACUGCAGGUGCGCAACAUUUUGUGUUCAACAUCAUCAUUUAAAACAAUCUGGCUUUCCACUCUGCCUUUCUGGGCUGAAGCUUUUCUUUUUUACCCAGCUAUAGGAGUAGCUAUACAGUAUAUGAGUAGCUAUUCAGUUUCACACUAUGCAGCCUGCUUGCUUACUUCCCUGCCUCUCAUUUUGGUCCAGGAACCACAGGGGGCGAGGAGCAGCAGCAGAAGCUGCCCCUGGCUACUUGCUCGUGGGCUCUCCACCUGCCAAGCGAACAAGUGGUAGCAAUGCUGAGAAAAAGCUGCAGGGACAGUAGCAGUUGCUGACAAUGGUCGGGAAUAGGCUGGCACACCAAAGGAAGAAUCCACUGCAGAUGCCUUGACCAAGAGCCCUCCGCAGCAUAGGCUGACUUGGGUCCCCUGCGACUUUCCACAACCACACUGGCGGCAGCAGUGCAGUGGCAGCUGCGUGGCCCACUCCACAUGGCGCUGCCUGGCUCCUGCAAGGGCCACGUGAUCUCCAAGUGGCCCCGGUGGAGCCAUGAGCUCCCCACCGGCUCUGCGUCCUCUUGCAGGCCAUGGGGGCAAGUCACUCUGGUGUCCCUGAAGGGCUUAGUGUGGAUUUAUAGAUCAGUUGUUAGAUGAUCAAGAUGUGAAAAGGUGAGUUUUUUGUUUUCACUUCCAAGGCUGGCAUUGCAGGUCUGCUCCUCGAAGCUUAUGUUAUUCCUGAUCAUUUCAAAAUUCGAACAGAAGCAGAAAUUUUUCUGUUCAAAAUCUUUUUCUGUUCAAAAGGGUUUUCUUAAUAGCAGAUCAUGUAUCCAAGCAGUAUGAAAAAAAGAACGACAAAAAGAUGAAGAUUUCAUGUAAUUGCAUGAAUGGGAAAUAUGAAUUCAUAUUUUUAAAAUGAUGUGCGUAAGUUUUCCGCUGUCACACACAAUCAGCCCAACCGUUCUGUUGUUUGAUCAAGCACCUGUAAUGUAUGGGCUCCCUUAGAAGAAUUGUGAGGAAGUUAUUACAGUUCAGCAGAUCGUGUGGUGAAAUUUCCCAGUUUCCAACAGCCAGGAGAGGUUCUUGGAGCCAUGUUGAGGCCUUAAGGCCUUCAGCUUGUUAGAACACCAGAGAGAAUAGCCUUGAAGCGUCUUUCUCUGAUCAUCUGCCUUUGUGAUGAGAAUGAAGCUGUUUGCCCUACUGAAACAGUUUUAUUUCCGGAAAGUGCUGUGUGUGUGUAGCACUUGCGAGCAUUCGGCAGACUCUGCAAUAGCAGGGGAGAAUAAUUCAGUAAAAUCCUGAGAUGCUGCAAACCCUUUCAGCUUGGGGAGAGGAAUUGGCACGUUGAUCACCCAAGCAGAUUUAGAGGCCCACGGCACGUGCCCUGGCUUAUUCAGGGAACCAACAUGGCCACAGAACAGGCGAGUUGUGAGCUUUUCAGCCCCUCCUUUAUAUCCUGCAUCCGUAUUUCAUUGUUCGUUCAAUAAACUGUGUAUCAUCUUUGA